UCUUAUUCUCUUGUCUUCUCUCACCUACAAUAUAUGUCCGUUCCACUGAGAUCCCUGGCGCUGAGCGCCCCCAGAGAUGCCGAUUCCAACCACGGCAACGUGAAGGUGUUUGUACGGGUGAGGCCGUUUCUAACACGCGAAACGGAAAAAAACACACGGUGUCUUGUAUCGAUGUCUGAAACGUCAGUAACAUUGUCACCCGAAGAAAAGUCCAUCUCAUCGCUAGAACAGACCCCCAAGGCCGGGGCCCCAUCGGUGUUCCACUUUGACCGUGCGCUUUGGUCGUUUGAUGAACGUGACGGCUUUGUGGACCAACAAAAGGCGUACCAUUUGGUGGGGGAGGAGUACCUACAGCACACCCUAGAGGGUUACAACACGUGCAUCCUCGCUUACGGCCAGACCGGCUCAGGAAAGUCCUACACGAUGAUGGGAGAUAGUGCCAACGGCUUGAUUCCGCUCAUCUGUCAACACUUGUUUCGCCAGACAAGCCAAAUGCGUCGCAACCAGGUCAGCUGCACCGUACGCGUGUCGUAUUUCGAGAUCUACAACGAACAGGUGCGUGAUUUGCUCUGCGAUGACAGUUACGCGGGCUUGCGAGUGCGCGAAUCGCCCUCAGAGGGACCGUAUGUGGAAAAUCUCUCGGAAUUCACCGUGAACGGAUACAACGACAUUGAAAAAUACUUUGCGAUUGGGAAUAAGCAGCGGUCCACGGCGCUGACCAAGAUGAAUAACCAAUCCUCGCGCAGCCACGCGGUGUUUACGCUCAGCGUCAAACAGGUAAAGUUCAGUGAAAGCGGUGAUGAAAUCAUUUUGGAAAAAAACUCCAAACUCCGGUUGGUGGAUCUUGCGGGGUCCGAAAGAGCCAGUGCCACGGGAACCUCCGGAGUUCGGCUCAAGGAAGGAUCAAACAUCAACAAGUCGUUGAGCACGUUAGGCCGGGUUAUUUCCAUCCUCUCAGCAAACUCCACCUCGCAGAAGAACACGAUGGUGCCGUAUCGUGACUCCACACUAACCUGGAUUUUGAAGGAAUCAUUGGGCGGGAACUCCAAGACCGCAAUGAUAGCGUGCAUCGCGCCCACAGACUACGAGGAGACGCUUUCCACGUUACGGUAUGCCGAUUCCGCAAAGCGGAUCACCACUGUGGCCACCCAGAAGAUCAGUAACGUGCACAUAAAGGUCAAGAUGGAGGACAAGAUGGUGUUGGACGACAAGGACUUCGAGAUCACCGCGUUGCAGCAGGAAAUCUUGGGGCUCCAGCAGGUUCUCCAGAGGCAGGGAGAAAAAGAAGGCGAGGAAACCGCAUUACUAGGGAUGUAUCGGGCCAAGCUCCAGGUGUUGAAGCGUUCCGCAGAGUACUUCGAGGACCGGAUGAUCAUGACCAGCUUCCGCAACGAAAUGUUGCACGAACGGAACCAGGGCCUUACACUCCAGUUAGAUGGGUACGAUAAGAACUUUGCAUCGUUGAUGCGUGACGUUACGUCUGUCGGGCACACAAUGACAAGUUUGGAUAGGGAGUUGGGGGAGUUGAAGGUACGGUCGGUGGAGUUUAGUGACUCGCUUCAGAGGGACCUUGCGGCGUUUAGUCCAGAGGCUGUUUUUGAAUGAUGGAUGUGAAAUAAUUGAGACUUUUGGCUAUCCAUUGUAUUCUCGCCGGAUAUUCGUGGGUUUUCAUCGUAUCUUACCCAAAUAGCAAGGUCUCAGCUAUACCUCUAGUUAAUUCGAAUACAUUACCGAUCAAAGGUAAUUUUAAGUAUCGCAGUGUCUCCCGAGAAAUUAGGUCUGUAGCCACAGGAGCCUACGUAGCCAUGAGUUAGAAUAACGUGGUGCAAGUGACGACUCAAUGAGUUGGGCUCUGGUGGCCUCAAAAAAAUGAUUAAAUAUCCCCUACUAAAUAUUAAUA